UCGCCCUCUGCCUCAAUGUCGUCCGUCUCAGGUCAUGGCUCUGACAAGAAGAAGCUCUCCAAGAGGGCAAUGGGUGAUGAGGCUCUCCGUAAGAGGAUAGAGACAGAGCUCUCGCGGAAACGCACCAUAUCCACUACACAGCAAGCCAGCGGCCGUAAAUCCCGCAAGGCGAAUGUAGCAAAGGGUACAGUCGCCGCGCUCAAGCCUAGUCCAGCCCUCACUGUUCCGGAGACCAUCACCGUGGCCGAGGCUAGUCAGCUGUGUGCCGCUAAGAGGACGGACUGUGUGUUGGUGGUUGACGACGAGGAGGGUUUGAGCGGCAUCUUCACCGCUAAAGAUUUAGCAUACCGGGUUACGGCGGAAGGACUGGAUGCUCAUGUUACUACUGUUGCCCAAGUCAUGACGCGCAAUCCUAUGGUGACGCGAGAUACGACGAGCGCGACUGAGGCACUGCAGCUCAUGGUGCAAAGACAUUUCAGACAUCUGCCGGUCUGCAACGAAGAAGGCAAUGUUGUUGGUCUUCUUGACAUCACAAAAGUUUUCCAUGAGGCCCUGGACAAGGUUGAACGUAGCUCUUCAGCCUCGGAGAAAUUAUACACUGCGCUGGCCGGCGUUCAGAAUGAGCUUGGGGGUGGUGUGGCGGCGAACCCACAGGCAGCGGCCAUGCUUGCGUAUGUUGACGCGCUGCGCGAGAAGACUGCGCUGCCAGAUCUGACGACUGUCAUGGACUCGCGGACUCAGCCUGCGACUGUCGGACCCAAAGCGACCGUGAAAGAGGUUGCGAAACUCAUGCGGGAACGCAGGACAACGGCGGUUUGUGUAAUGGAGGGAACCACCGGAAUUGGAAACGUCCCAAGGAUUGCCGGGAUCUUCACCAGCAAGGACGUCGUCCUGCGUGUCAUUGCUGCUGGUCUGGAUGCGACCAGAUGUAGUGUUGUUCGUGUCAUGACUCCUCAUCCCGACACGGCGACUCCUACCACCACUGUUCAUGAUGCACUGAAGAAAAUGCACAACGGCCACUAUCUAAACUUGCCUGUCAUCGAGGCUGAUGGCAGGCUGAUCGCCAUCGUCGAUGUGCUCAAAUUGACGUAUGCAACUCUUGAACAGAUGAACCAAAUGACUACGGAAGCUGCUGGGGAGAUUCAGAAUGAAGCCGAGGGAGGCCCCAUGUGGGGUCGUUUCUUUGACUCCAUUGGUGGUCACGAAGACACGGAGUCAGUUAUGUCUGGCUCACACGUACCCACGGACCUACACCCGUCGUCAUUCAGCCAGUCCCAUCUCCAACAGUCACCUCAUUCAGAAGUCCAUCCGAACGACUCUGCUUCGGUGGUGGAUGACGAACCCCUUUCCGAAUUUCCAAGAAUGGGGGGCCGUCAUGGCAUUCCGUCGAUCGUCGGAGCCGGCGCGUCUAUCCCCGUCGACGAUGGCACCUAUGUUUUCAAAUUCCGCACACCGAGCGGAAACACACACCGGUUCCAGGCGCGACAAGACAACGUCGAAAACCUGCGUGAUAUCGUGGCGGGCAAGCUCUCUAUCGACCCCUUCUUCUCCGAGUUUAAACCUGUGCACGCCGAUGACACGGCUCCGGACCCGCUCGACUUCCAGCUUGCGUACACGGAUGCAGAUGGCGACACUGUGCUCAUGACGUCGGACAACGACAUCGCGGACUCGGUCAAGAUUGCACGGUCGUCGGGUGCGGACAGGGUUGUGAUAAUGAUUCAGGGUGGCCGUGGGUGGACAGAGGCCGGUGCGGGCAAGAGCGAAGCAAAGGCUGCUGAGGUCGCUGCUGCUGCUGCGAGGGAAUACAAGGAGGUCGAGAAAGCAGAGAGCGUUUUGCCUGAAACUGUCUACACCCCGCCCGCCCCCAUCCCUGUUCCUGUUCCCGAGCCAGAGGGCGACGUGUUCGGGAUCCCGAGGGACUUACUACUGCCCGCUAGCAUCGGUGUGCUUGCGGCUGUGAUCAUCGGCGUCUUCACCAUCUCGCGCCUCACGAGCGACUAGAGCCUCGAAUCAGGCUUUUCUGUUCAACCCAUCCAAAUUCUUCCCCAAAGUACUUAUACGAAGAUUAUGUUACUGCAACCUUUAGCGUACAUGGAGAAGGGAGGGCUUAUUUGAUUGCAAACCUACGUAUAUACCUAUUCGAUUGACUACCUUGCACUGCCGCUCUUUACAAUUGCCUCUGGUGCACUUAGAACCUACGAAUAUCUUGAUGACUUGUGAUAACCCGCU